AUGACCGUAGAAAAAAUUUUCCCGGUAUCCACCGACGGGAAGUGGGACGAUUUAUGUGUUGAUAUCGUUGCCAUUCACGGGUUAGACGAGGAUGGAGUGACAGCUUGGAUUCAUCCCAGCAAUGGGUGUUUUUGGUUGCGCGACCUGCUUCCUAAAGAGGGGUUCAAGGCUCGGAUUUUCACUGUGAAUUACAAAGCCGAUGCUACCUCGUUCUUCAGUAGCAGUUCGGCAGAUCGGAUAUCGCAUCAUGCUCAGACUCUUGUGGAAGAGCUCAAUGCCGAAAGAGAGCAUGAUGAUUCCAUACAGCGACCGAUAAUUUUUCUAUGCCAUGGUCUCGGUGGUUUGAUUGUCAAGAAAGCCCUUAUCUACGCCUCUACAUGCACUUCGGCAAAGAUGACGCACCUUCAUUCUGUCUUUACUUCUACCUUUGGUUUGAUUUUCUUUGGAACUCCUCACGAAGGUAUAGAGAAGGCCAGGUGGUCUCUUCUAGCAAAGGGGUUGAAGGGUGUUCUCAAGGAUCGAAGCCAUCUCAUUGCAUCUAUGGAGAAAAAGUCGGAAACUCUCCAGACGAUCUCCCAGCAAUUCUCUCCUCUUCUGAAGAAUUUUCACGUUCACAAUUUUUGGGAAACAAUCGAGACAUCACGAUCUAUUGGUUCAGGACUCAUCGUCAGCUACUCUUCAGCGGCCCCACCAUGGGAUGAUACCGGGCGCUCUGGGCUUCCUGCAACCCAUUCACAGAUGUGCAAAUUUGGGGACCGUGAGCAGCCUGGUUACAAGUUAACAUGCGGCAUUUUGCAUAGGUUUAUUAAACUAGCGGGCCCAUUAAUAGCUUCGCGACACCGGCAAUCCGACUCCUUUCUUUCUGCGCGAAGGGAAUAUGAGGCCACGGAAGUUCUGUCAUUCGACAUACACCACGACAACAGACCUGUCGAUUUAAAAGUCAAGCCCGCCGUCAACUCUCAGAAUCAGCAUUUCCUCGUAUCACUCGCCGUGAGCGACAAUUACACUGGAAGAGAAAGACUUGCUCAAGGACUCAAGGAAAAACUACUCGCGCCUAAUAUACGCCAAAAGCGCUUUGUGUUGUACGGUUUGGGGGGAUCCGGAAAGACUCAGUUUUGCUUGAAAUUCGCUUCAGAUAAUCGAGACAAGUACGAUUUAUUGCCCCACCCCAAGCAGAUCGCUUGGAGUCAUUAUGUUGAAAAUGCUCAUACAUUCAUUUUUAGUUUCUGGGGGGUCUUUUGGGUUGAUGCAAGUAGCCCCAAGGCUGCUGAGCAGGCCUUUGCGGGUCUUGCUCGGAUUGGCAAAGUGGAGGAAAAGUUGGAGUCUGGUCUCUAUUGGUUGUCAACACAGGACAUGCCAUGGCUUUUGGUUAUUGACAACGCUGAUGAUGCAAACUUUGACUACGCCAGAUACUUUCCUUUGGGUACUAAGGGGCAUAUUUUAGUUACUUCCCGAAAUCCUGACUGCAAAGUUCAUGCAACUGUCGGCUUUGAGGAGUUUGCAAACCUCGAGGAAGAAGAUUCGAUAACUCUACUUCUGAGGUCCGCUAUCAUGACCGAUCUUCAUGAUCCGGAUGCAAGAGCCACCGCUCGUCCUAUUGUGCAAGCUUUGGGUUGCUUACCACUCGCUCUGAUACAGGCGGGUGCGUCCAUUCGCCAGAAUAUAUGUUCCCUGGAGGACUAUCUGAUGGUCUUCAACUCCUAUAAGAGGAAGCUUUUUCUGAAUGGGAUCCAGCAAGGUCAAGGCGCAUAUGAACAUACGGUUUUCACAACAUUCGAAGUCUCUUACAACAGGAUACGAAGCCUCACAACAGAUGAGGCGAAGGCAGCCAUUGAGAUACUCCAUGUCAUGGCAUUUCUGCACUUUGAUCAAAUACCGGGCACGCUCUUUGAGAAGGCCUGGGAGGGCUUUUCUAGCCAUGGAAGAAUCCAUACCCUCAGCGGCCUCGCUGACAGGAUCAUACAUAUUCCAGGAGAUCUAGUAACAUUAUCAAGUGGAUAUGGAGGUUGGUUCACGAUGUUUGCCGAGGGACGGCUGCCUCGAAUUUUUUCCCAGACUGAAAGUUCCUGGGACAAGCUCCGCUUCCGCAAGGCAAUUCACCUGCUUUGGUCUUAUUCUUUGAUUUUGCAGAAUGUGAACAUCGGAAGCUAUUCAAUGCAUCCAAUGGUUCAAUUCUGGGCGCGAGAACGACUCCAAGGAAAGGCCCAAAGGAUUUGGGGCAAAAUUGCAUCUCAGGUAUUGUCUGAGUCAAUUACUGCAGUAUCAGACCACUCGGAAAUCGUAUACCGACGGUGUCUGGUGCCACAUAUAGAUUCCUGUUUGAGAAACGACUACUCCGACUCCCGCAAAGGUCUGGAGUUCGACAAUUCCAACAUGGGUCAAUUCGAGCGGUUUGCCACUGUCUACGCGGAAGCAGGUCGAUGGAACGAUGCCGCUGCCAUACAAGAAAAAAUAAUACACACCAAGGGUGAUAUAUUUGGCAAAGACAGCUCCGAGGCUUUAGAUACCAUGACGUCGCUUGCCCGGAGCUACUGGAAUUCCAGUCAAGCAGAAAAAGCUUUUCGACUUCAAGCUUCAAUUUUGGAACUUAGCAAGACGAAAUUGGGCGCCUUUGACCCAAGGACACUUCAAGCUAUGGACAGCUUGAGUCGUACACUUUGGUUGUCCGGCUCUAUCGCGAAAGCCGACAAACUGGCACAGCAAUCAUACGAGGGAUUGGCACAAAUAAUGGGACCAGAUCAUCCUUUCACACUCAGUGCCAUGCAUAGCUUUGGUCGAACGCGUUUGCAUCUGGUCGACCUGAAAAGGGCACAAGAACUACUUCUGCGGGCAUGGGAAGGGAGGGCGAAGAUGUUUGGUGCGACCCAUCUAGACACCCUCGAAACAAUGCAGGACCUUGGAAUGACUUGCUUGGCACUCAAAGAGAUUGAGGAAGCUGAAAAGCUAGUGUCAUUUGUUCUUGACUGUAGGAAACAACUUCUUGGUAAUGAGCAUGCUCAUACUCUAUGGGCCAUCAACGAUCUAGCCAAGAUAUAUUGCGCCCAAGGCUACCCGGAGGACGCAAUAGUGCUACUGAUUCCGACGCGAGAGAUCGCCACGCGAACCCUGGGAGUAACUCACAUAGGCACAACAAUGACAAUCUUCAACUUGUCACGAGCUUAUCUACUUUUGACCCAAUUGCACAAAGCGGAAAUCAUUCUAAGUGAACUCAUUGAAACGGAGAUCAAGGCUUUAGGUCCAAAGCAUCCAGACGUCUUCUCGGCCAAGAUCGAACUCGCAGAGGUUUUGAUGAGAAUGGGAAAGGUGCACAAAUCAGAAGGACUAUGUCAAGAGGCACUUGAAGGAAUCUCUAAACUGUUUGGGCUUGACAGUCCUCGCACAAUUCAGGCAAAGGCGCGAAAGGCUGCAAUAUGCAAAUUAGGCAAGCCUCAAACUGCCACAAUUUCCUCGCCCUAA